AAUCUCUUUCGAUAAAAGCCGGUUGAAGAUAUAUUAAUUUGAAAUGUCGUCUUGUUGUUUCGAAUUUUUUAAAACAUUUUCGGUAUUUAUUGUUGUCAUUCAAUUGGUCUUCGGAGUAUUUCCAUGGUUGUACAAAAAUGUGGUAGGACCUAAGUUCCUCGAAGCCAGUAACCUUCGUCAGUACGGAAAUUGGGCAUUGGUGACUGGAGCGACUGAUGGAAUUGGCAAGCAAUUUGCGAGAUCACUAGCUCAGCGAGGAUUCAAUAUUGUUCUUGUGUCACGUACACUAAGUAAAUUGGAAAGUGUAGCUAAAGAACUUUCGGAAAAUUUCAAUGUUCAAACUCACACCAUUGCUGUGGACUUCCUAUCUGGUCCUGAGAUUUAUGAUCAAAUCAAACAACAAAUUUUAGGGAAAGAAAUCGGUGUGUUGAUUAACAAUGUUGGUAUGUCCCAUGCAGCACCUGAUUACUUCCUCAAUAUUCCCGAUCGUGAGAAAGUAAUUCAGGAUAUCAUCAAGUGUAACGUCACUUCCGUUCCGAUGAUGUGCAGUGUAAUAUUGCCUCAAAUGGUCCAACGUAAAAAUGGUCUUAUUGUGAACAUUGCAUCAGUGGUAGCUGUGAUUCCUGGUCCCUGUUGCGCACUUUACGCAGCGUCAAAAGCUUUCAUCACAAAAUUUUCGAAUGAUUUGGGAGCUGAAUAUGGAUAUCAGGGAAUCAAUGUACAAGUUUUGGUUACUGGAGGUGUUGAAACCAAAAUGAAUAAAACCAGAGAAACCACAGGAGAUGACAGGUACACAACACCAACAGCCAGCGUAUAUGUGGAGUCAGCGCUUCGUUAUGUAGGCUAUGCUCGCCAAACAACAGGCUAUCUUCCCCAUUCACUAAUGGAAAUAUCUGCGCAAUUGAUGACCUUCAUUGCACCGUCAUUCACAGUGGGUUUGUUCAAGAAGCUAAUGCUUUCGUUACGUGACAAGGAAAUACAGAAUGGGUCAUAUACAUCAGCAAAGUAAAGCUCGUUGCAUGGACAAAUUUGUCAAGACUAUAGGGUUAAGAGACGAUGAGUGAUAAAUAGAAAUCAAAAUAAGUUUUUCCUUUUUUGUGGGUUUUGUGGGUUUGCCGACGUUCAGCUUUAUAGAAGAAGAAAAGUGUGGCAUUUACAACUCGAGACGUAGGCGAGGGAUGCAACAACACUAGUCAAAAUUAAUGAAGGUAUAGGUAUGGUCUAAUGGCAAAAUUUGAAUGGAGCGGAGGAAAUAGCGAUUUCGCAUAUUUUGCAUUGGUUUUGGUGAAAGGUGAGUUUGUUUCUAAAAAAUCGCUACUUUAAAGUAUUACUUUAAUCUAAGUAUGCGAAUAUUUCCAUACCUUUUUUUCGUGACAUUAGCAAAAUUACCGUUAAGGCAGCUAAUGGUAUUAUUGGUAGCAAAAUACUACUCUAUUUGACGUGUUAAACCUCUAUUACCCUGCUAGAU